UACAGGAACAUGGCGGACGAUUUGAAAAACAGUUAUACACUUCCAUCACUGCUAACAAUAAGUCUUCGCAGUGUUGUCAGCGUACUGCCACACUACAUGUCUGAAGUAGAAUGUAUGCCUCCUCACAUUAAGAGUAAAUUACUUCAUCUAAUGUGUAAGAGAGGCCUUGUGACAGACGAGAUAAUUAACAAGGUCAUACACAGUGGGACAAAGGUUCUUAACCUUGAAGAUUGUGAUAUCACAGAUGCUGGUCUCAAAAGAAUCAUCUGCAAGAAUUUAAGGAAGCUGGAUUUAAAUUCUGCCAAGGCAAGCAGGACUGAGAUUACAUCAGCAGGCCUUGAAGCUAUUGCAGUCAGUUGUCCACUCCUACAGACUGUGUUCCUAAGACGCUGUCUCAAUGUGACAGAUGAUGGAGUGAUUGCAUUGGCCAAGAGCUGCCAUCAGCUGAUUGAGCUUAACAUCGGUGGCUGCCAUCUCAUCAGGGAUGCAUCCCUUCUUGCCAUCGCUCAAAAUUGUCGUAUGCUCAGAAGCUUCAACUUCUCCAAGACAAAGGUGACAGAUGAGGGAGUGAUAAGUUUGGCAAUGGGUUCAUGUCAACAAACCCUGAUGGAAGUCCACAUGGAUCACUGUAUCCAUUUGACCGAUGACUCGGUUGAGGCCAUUGCAAGUUUCUGCCCACAGCUUGCCAUCUUAAUUUUCCAUGGUUGCCCAUGUAUGACAGAUCGUUCCAGACUAUCACUGGAGGAGCUUCAAGGACCUGGUUCAAAUAUGAAGCAAGUAACAUGGACCAUUUACUGAAAUACAGAGUGACAACUUGACAAAAAGAAAACACAACUACCAUUUAUAUUUUUUUUAAUUUGAUACCAAAGUGUACAUAUAUACUGAUUUUCACAUUGACAAUGAAACAUUCACAGCAAAAUCAAUCAGUCAAGUUGUAACUUAUCUGUGAAUUUGAAGUCUAGAGAAUGUCAGAAAGUGGCUUCACAAACCACAUGGUAAUAGCAUCAUACUUUGCAAAAAGAGUUCCUAUCCAAUCCACUUAGUUACUGAAAUUGUACAAAUUAUCUGCGUUUUUAUAACAAUUUUAAAAAGACCAUCCAGUUUAUCUUUUGAAUUACCCGAGUCGUUGGUCUCACUUUUUGUGGAGGUCUGAACCCAAAUUCAUGACUCUGCUAACUGGAAGCAGCGCUUACGAAAAGCAGGGAAGUUUGCACUUAUAUCAAGCGUAUUCCAUGGCUUAGAUGGAAAGUUCUGCUUGUGCAUGUGCAGACUCCACGUUACUAGGCAUUUUUCACUUACACAGGUAGCGCAGAAAUUCUGCGGGGAAUGAUGAUUAUGAGCGCAGAAUUGGGCAGUAAGCAGAGCCAUGAAUUAGGCCAAGCUCUUACCCCUCAUAAGGUAUUAUUUAAAAGCAAGAAUAACAAAAAUACUUUGAAUGUACUAGGACAGCUCUUAGGCAUGUAUAGUGGCCGAGUGGUCUAGUUCACUGGACCCAAAGCUCUGGUGUUGUCAGCAGCAGAGUGUGGGUUCGAAUCCUGGU